AUGUCUCUCGAGGACAGCACUUCCCUUGUCCCUGAUGAGGAAAAACUACUUUCUAGUGCUGACCCUGACACCUUAAGUAAGUUUUUGACAGAGUCUGGACUUACCCUUUCCCAACUCGAAAAAUUGGUGAAAGGGUGUUCAAUAGGUAACCCUCCCCCUGUCCACACCCCUGUCCCUUCCCCCAGCUCCCCUUCCCCGCCACCUGCCCAUAGUCAUGGCAUAGUUAAUGCUCCACGUCUCCCCCGUCUUGGCCUCUUCUCAGGAAAAGAGCCAGUAAAACAAGGCGAGGUAGACUGGGAGACAUUUAAAGAUGUCGCAAUUGAGGUUGCGUCAAUGGCCUCAAUUGACGAGCAGACAAAAAGGCGCGAGAUCGUGACUAGGCUUUGUGGACCUGCUAAGGACUUUGCUAGGCAAGUUUCCCCAAGCUCCACUGCCCAUGGACUCGUAUCUUUUUUAGACAAUGUUUAUGGCGCAGUGGAGAACAAGUCCCUUCUCCUUAGCGAGUUCAUGUCCAUGUCCCAGGAAAAAGGGGAAAAACCCUCAGACUUCCUUAAGAGGACUCAACUAAAAAUCAACAAGUUGGUGGAGAUAGGAGAGUUUUUACCAGACUCGGCAGACCAGAAACUUUUAGAUAGGUUUAGGAUGGGAUGCCAGGAUGAGUACAUCCUCUCUGUGACCAAUCUCCAUCAACAAAUUGUUGCGCCCCCAUUCCACAGAUUGAUUAGCCUCAUCCGAGAAGCAGAAGCCACUCGUGAUGCAAAAUAUACCCAAAAGCGCACUGUUAAAAGCUAUCCUCAGCAGCUUGGCGCGCCCAACCCAUACCACCCUUACCCAUCCCCACCCCCACCACCACCAACACUGCCACCACCUCCUCCUACCCCAAUGAUGUAUCAAGGGAACCCCCAAAAGAAAAACAGACCCCCUCAAAAUAGGCAAGGCCCCCUUAAACCCGUAAACUCGUUCGAUAGGGAUUGUCCAGUUAGGGUGCUGGUUUGCUACAAUUGUGGCGAAUUCAACCAUUUUGAGAGGGAGUGUAAAAACCGCCCAAAUGAGGAAUUGAAGAAAAAGAAUUUGGCCCGCAGAAAAGAAAUUCUCGCAGCCUGGGAGGCCAUGACAAUAGAGAGUGCCCCCUCCUUCCCCCAAUCCCCACUCACCCCCUCCCAAACUCCCAACCACCCAAACAUGUAA